UAGAUCUAUUCCGGGCCGAUCCACGUCCACAUGACUACAUGAUCCAAGCCCCAUUUUAAUUUCCAAAUACAGAGCAGGGCACCUACUUCUGAACUGACUGCCUUGAGCAAAUCAGAAGAAAAGACGACGAAGUAGGGUGUGCAGAAUAAGCGGGAAACCAAAAACACAGGAAAAAACUCAGAGAGAGAGAGAUGACGGAGAAAGGUAAAGGAGGAAGGGUUGGAAAGGGAGUAGAGUUAACAGUGGACGAGAAGUACACCCAGUGGAAAUCUUUGGUACCCAUUCUCUACGAUUGGCUCGCUAACCACAAUCUUGUUUGGCCUUCUCUUUCUUGCCGAUGGGGUCCACUUCUUGAGCAAGCCACCUACAAGAAUCGGCAGCGUCUUUAUCUCUCUGAACAGACUGAUGGGAGUGUUCCUAAUACACUUGUUAUUGCAAACGUUGAAGUGGUUAAGCCUAGAGUUGCUGCUGCAGAGCAUAUAUCUCAGUUUAAUGAAGAGGCUCGCUCUCCGUUUGUAAAGAAGUUCAAAACCAUCAUACAUCCUGGGGAGGUGAACAGGAUCAGAGAACUCCCGCAGAACAGUAACAUAGUGGCUACACACACUGACAGCCCUGACGUAUUAAUUUGGGAUGUGGAAAAUCAACCUAGUCGUCAUGCAAUUCUAGGAGCUCCCAGCUCUCGUCCCGAUCUGAUAUUGACUGGACACCAGGAAAAUGCUGAAUUUGCUCUUGCAAUGUGCUCUUGUGAACCAAUGGUGCUUUCAGGAGGGAAGGAUAAAUUAGUGGUUUUGUGGAAUAUAAAUGAUCAUAUCUCAACGCUGGCAACAGAACCAGGGGCCGCAAAAUCUGCUUCUGCUGGCAGCAAUAUAAAAUCAGCAUCUAAGACUGGCGAUGGAAAUAAUGGAAAUGCAGCUAGUCCUUCCGUGGAAGCACGGGGCAUUUAUAAGGGACAUGAUGAUACUGUAGAGGAUGUGCAAUUUUGUCCCACUAGUGCUCAGCAGUUUUGCAGUGUUGGUGAUGAUUCUUGCUUAAUACUAUGGGAUUCAAGAGCUGGAUUGACUCCAGCUACUAAGGUUGAAAAGGCCCAUGAUGCUGAUUUGCAUUGUGUUGACUGGAAUCCUCAUGAUGAAAAUUUCAUUUUGACUGGAUCAGCUGAUAAUUCUAUCCACAUGUUUGAUCGGAGAAAUAUCUCUGCGGGGGGAGUUGGAUCACCUGUCCAUAAAUUCCAGGGCCACAACGAUCCUGUCCUUUGUGUACAGUGGUCACCACACAAUAGAUCAGUUUUUGGCAGUGCUGCUGAGGAUGGCCUGUUGAACAUAUGGGAUUAUGAAAAGAUUGGUAAAAUGCAAACAGAUAGUGGAAACAAAACAUCGGAGUAUCCAGCAGGUUUGUUUUUCAGGCAUGCAGGACACAGGGACAAAGUGGUUGACUUCCACUGGAAUUCGAUUGAUCCAUGGACUAUUGUCAGUGUUUCGGAUGAUUGUUCAAGCUCUGCUGGAGGUGGAACAUUGCAGAUGUGGCGCAUUAUUGAUUUGCUUUACCGACCAGAAGAUGAAGUCCUAGCAGAGUUGGACAAAUUCCGAUCCCAUGUAACCACAUGCUCCUCCUAGUUCUUUCAAGGAUGUUAGAACAGUUUAGGCGGCUGACAAGAAGUGGUUUAAACAUGGAAGAGGGUGCAUGUCUUAAACUAUUUCGAAUGCAUGAUACUUUUAUUUUAUUCUUUGGUCUUUCCUGGGUGAAAAACUUCCCACUGUUUGACCCUUUCACGAAUGUAACCUUGAAUAUUGUAGUUUCUUGCCCAUUCCUCCUAAAUCUGAUAUUCUCAGUCAUUUAGGACCUUCACAAUCCGUCCAAAAUCAAUAGUCAUAUAUACUGUGCUGAAUUGCUGAUAUGCUCAGAAACUUAUUCUGUAUUA